CGGAUGCCUCCGAUUUGCAAUGCCGAACGCAGCGUAUGUAUAAAGUUCAUUAUCCUGGUGAGAAAACACGUGACCAGAACUACUGUAGCAGUUGGUCAUUAUCGGUCACGUGUUGUUUACCGCUGAAAUUGAACGUCAACGUAAAAAGGCACCUUGAGUGAUAUGUUUUGCACAUUUGCUCUUUCGUACUUCGCUGAACUAUCUGAUAUAUAUGCAAUGACUACGAUAGCGCACUUGCACAUUGAAGUGAUUAAUAUCAUUUUAUGCGAUGAGAGCAUCAGCUUUAAGGAUAUUAUGAGUUUAGCUUUCUCAUGCAAGAAAUUUUACAACUUAUUAACCACUGACAAUGCAUUUUGGCGGAAGAAAUUUUAUCAGAGAUGGCCUUAUCUAAGAGAAGAAUAUGACGAACAUCUGCGCCUAGAAAAUAAAAGUUUUCUUGAACAAGUAAAAGCGGGUGUAAAAUGUAAGAAAGAAUUAUGGCAUUACUUGUCGCUGAUGUGUAUUCACCAACGCUUUGGCAAAUUGGCUGAUUUUGAUGUUGAUUUUACGCAUUUUCAUUCACUGUUUGAUCCAGAUAAAAGCGCAUCUUUUAUGAAUUAUUAUUUCUUUGUAAAUGAGCUGACAAACUUUCUUACAGAUCCUCCAAUGAAAUCCGAUUUCAGACUAACAUUAUGCAUAAAGAAGCUUUUUUUAUACCUGCAGCGUUAUCGUUUAAAGAAGAAAAUGCACGAAUUUCUAAAUUAUCCUGAGAAACAACAGAUUUUAGAAAAAGCAGCCUUCAUUUUAGCACAAUGGUAUCAACCCCAAAAAUGUAUGUCUUACUUGUAUGUGAGUACGUCACUGCAGAAGAUUGCAGAGCAGGUAUUGGAGUGCCUUCGAAAAGAAAAUCCGGCGCAUUCAAUAUUCUCGAUAUCAGAAGAGCAGCUUUUCCUUUGGGCAGACAAUAAUAUCGAUGACAAUCAUUGGAAUAGCAUAGAAGGAAGACAGAUUAUAGAGAGUCUUUGUAAAGUUUUAUAUAAUUUAGAUUUUCGUAAAGCUAUUUACAAAUUUGGGUGUAGGAGAUACAUUCUUCAAUACUCUUAUAUAGAUUGCGUUUUACAAGAUAAAAUUGGUACUACGAUAAUUCUGGCAACAAUAUAUCACAGUGUGGCGAGAAGACUUGGAAUACGCUGCGAUAUAAUAUUCCAUAAACCUAAUAUGGACUAUUUGUUAUGCUGGAGAGCGAAAUAUCAUACCACGAAUCUCAAAGAAAAAGAAUGUUUUUGUAUUGACUUCAGGCGUGAUGAAGAAACCGUGAGUACAAAUUACUGCCCUACAAUUAAUAGUGCAAAAUAUGGUAUUAAUGAGUAUACGAAGGAAAGUCCUGUAAAGGUGAUGACAUAUAUGAAUAUUGAUUUGUAUUUAAAAAGUGAACCCAAAGUAUUUAUACGACAGUCAUAUCAGGAAUUACGGUCUCUAAUAAACCAGAUACACUUGUAAUUGAAGAACUAGGUCUCAUAUAUGUACAGCAUCAGACGGAUUUAUCCAAUCUCAUGGUUAUGUUGCAGAAGAUUCAGAUACCCUGAUGGAAAUAUUUUUCUGAAAAUUUAACGAAAUUUUGCUGAAAUGUAUUUGAAAAUUUCUCUCAAUUGACU